CUCGAGCGGACUCGGCUUCUAACCCGAACCACAUUCAUUACUGUUCUCGGAGAGUGUUAAUGUUUUCUUAGUCAGUGUUUUCUAUUCGUUUCAUCUAUCGUGAUUGAACGUCUAUAUCUGAGUGAUAUAUAAUAAAGUGCUUUUAUACUAUUCAGUGCAAUAUAGAAAAUCAGUUAUAAAGAAAAAUAAUUAUGGCUGUAACAAGUAAUGCUAUGUAUAACGCAGAAACCGUCGCUCCAUCAUUCAUGUCGUCAAACGUGUAUUACAGUCGCGUAUCGCGUUGUAAAAAUGUAAAUCAGCAUAAAGUUAUGCUCGAGCAUAUCGAAACUGCGAAACCUCCUAUGUUUAACUACUGUUCCUAUGAUACGAUGAUGGAAACUGAUGAAGACGGAUGUGAUUAUUCAAUGGCAUCAGACUAUUUGAAUAAUGAUUCCGUAAUUGUAAAAGCAGUGGUACAGAACCGGCUAAAAGCUCAUGAAAAACCACAAGUUGAACAACGAGCAGUUCAUGAUGCGGAUGUGCCUCAACGCAGGACUCGGAAACGACACAACAGCGAUCUCAGCUCUACAUGUCAACUGAAAAAGUUUCGGAGAGGCGGUGGUAAGGACUGUGUACUUGGUGAUACAUGGAGUACAAAGGACUGCGCAUCAACUAUGUGUUAUGAAUCUGAAGCAUUAAACAUUGAUAAAAACAUAGAGGAAUCUAUGAUUACAGAUGAAAACUGCUGUUGGACAGCAGGUAAUCACGAUAUUCUAAAUAAUUCAAAUUAUCAAGAAUUAUUCAAUAGUGAAAAUAAAGCAAUUGAAAGCACUAUUGAAUAUGAGAAGAUUUUAUUUGAAACACAUGGAUGUUCAAUAUACCAGUUUCAUAGAUUGCAACUGCUUGGUAACAAUGGUACUGAAACAGAAUUUUGAAUUAAAUAAAAUAAUUAAAUAAUAGCAUUUGUAAUGUUUAUAUUUUUUGUAUUUGUUCACAAAGCAUACAUUUACUAUGCACUUAUAUAUGUCAUUACAUUGUACCAUAUAAUAAAAAAUAAAUACUUACUUUUCUAAAUUA